CAUCGCCACUCGUUUCCUACAGGGAGUAACCUCGGCGGCGAAGGAAGGAGAUCGAGAUCCCGUCCUCUUCCUUAUCGUUCGAUACGCAUCCUACGGCCAUGGCGGAGACACUGGUCCUCAAGGGCACCCUGCGCGGCCACUCGGGCCCGGUGACGGCGAUCGCCGCCCCGCUGGACAACUCGGACAUGAUCGUCUCCUCCUCGCGCGACAAGUCCGUCCUCGUCUGGCACCUUACCAAGGACUCCCCCGCCGCCGCCGCCGGCGAACCCGGCGGCGCCGCCUACGGUAUCCCCCGCCGCCGCCUCACUGGCCACUCCCACUUCGUCCAGGACGUGGUACUCUCCUCCGACGGACAGUUCGCCCUCUCCGGCUCCUGGGACGGCGAGCUCCGCCUCUGGGACCUCGCCACCGGCGCCACCACCCGCCGCUUCGUCGGUCACACGAAGGACGUUCUCUCCGUCGCCUUCUCCAUCGACAACCGCCAGAUCGUCUCCGCUUCCCGCGACCGCACCAUCAAGCUCUGGAACACCCUCGGCGAGUGCAAGUACACCAUACAGGACGCCGACGCCCACACCAACUGGGUCAGCUGCGUCCGCUUCAGCCCCAACAACUUCCAGCCUACCAUCGUCUCCGGCUCCUGGGACCGCACCGUCAAGGUCUGGAACCUCACCAACUGCAAGCUCCGUUCCACCCUUACCGGCCACGGCGGCUACGUCAACGCCGUCGCCGUCAGCCCCGAUGGUUCCCUCUGCGCCAGCGGCGGGAAGGACGGGGUCACGCUGCUCUGGGACUUGGCUGAGGGGAAGAGGCUCUACUCGCUCGAUGCCGGGGCCAUUAUUCAUUCUCUCUGCUUCAGCCCCAACCGCUACUGGCUCUGCGCCGCCACCCAGGACAGCGUCAAGAUUUGGGACCUCGAGAGCAAGUCCAUCGUCCAGGAUCUCAGGCCGGAGACUCCCACCAGCAAGAACCAGAUUCUAUACUGCACGAGCUUGAGCUGGAGUGCUGAUGGGAGCACGCUGUUUACUGGCUACACUGAUGGUGUUAUCAGGGUGUGGGGCAUUUCUCGUUAUUAGAAGGUAACAGGCGUUCCGUGAUGAAAAUCUUGUUAUGCUCCGUAAAGUUCUUAGCGGAUGCUUUUAAAUGAUGAAAGAUGGACAGCAUAAUAGCAUUACUUAUGCCUCUUGCUUUAGUCGUGCCUCCUGUUAAUUCACAUUAGCAUUACUUAUGCCUCUUGCUUAGUUCUGUAUAAAAUAUGUUUCGAUUAAGGUUGAUUGAAGUAGUUUAAUCAGGAACCAUUAUCACUAUUUCAGUGGCAUUCAAUUUAAAGAUUUCAUGUAUCUUUCAGAAUUCAGACACUACUGCAGGUUAUUUAGGAACAUUGCAACAAUUUUCCAGGCUACAAAUGGUGGAUAACAACUGGUAAAUUAGAUUUAAUGUAAUUGAAUAUAUCUAGAGAUUCAGUAUGGGUAUGGCCGUGUGUUGCCAUGAAUCGCAACAGAUUUGCAUACACGUCUGAGCUUGGCCGAUCCCCGAGUUUAGUUCUCAUUUCUUAUACCCAGGCAUGGCUGCAAGAGCAGGCAUCUCAGCUAGGUGCGGGUAUCAGCGGUAGUUCAGCGUGCAAAACGUUUAUCUUGCUCAGCUUUUGCCCGUUCUGCGCCCCUAUUUCUUUUAUCUAUACUGCUUCAGUAAUUUGACUUUCCCAGUAUUCACUAACUAUAAUUUGUUGCUAUAUGAGUUAUUGGAAAUGGAUGGGGAGGUGGUUGCUCGAUUCCAUAAGAUUAAUGAGGUGGGAGACAACUCCGGAAGCGCUUCAGUUAUCAGUAAUAUUACUUGGUCGCAAGCCUUGACGCAAACGCUUCAAUAAUACCAGCCAUGCGCAUUUAAAAGGUGGCGGUCCCAACCAGAGCCCUGGCGGUAGUGGUUGAUGCCUUCCAAGUUUCUAGUUUGUAAUCUCCUUCUAGGGCCAUGAUAUCUCAACUUCUGUGAGAGAUUUUGGAGGCAAAUGCAGUGUGAUUGACAUGAUUUGAUGGUCUGUGGAAAUAGAUAUGGGAAUCGCUUUUAAAAAACAGCACCUCUGAAGGUUUUCAAUUGAUUGUAUACAUGAGUUAGAUGAUCGGUCUAGUCCAAAGUCCUAUGAGGGAAAAGAUUAGUGAAAAUUAGUAAUAUCUGGCAAGAAAGCAAUUCUUUCGGCCAAGUCAAUUUGUUUUGAUGUUCGCAUGGUGGAAUGAAGAACAGGCUUUGCCAUGAGAGAUGAGAUAACUUUUAAACGUUUAACUCUUUUCAUCACAAUCGGAAUAAAGUUUUUAGCGGAGAAUAGCGUUUGUACAUGGUGAAAAGUUCUGUGCAAUUUCUCUGUUUUUUUAAUUAAAAAAAGCAACAGAUAACUUAAACGUACCAUAAAUAAUCUAAAAUAUAAUAAGAUAUUGCCUAUCAAUUCAUAAACUAGUAUGUGUCAAGAAAAAAAGAUCGAACAAAUAUGGCAAACAGUUUCACUAAUUGGAAAGAUGGAACUUGUUUACCCAGUUCAAAAGCAUCAAAACAUGAUUUUCAGCUUAUCUGAACCAAGCCAGCAUACGUUUAUUUGCCAAGAACUAAACAUUAGGUUGCCACCCACAUGCUAGCAAUAUUUGCAUGCAUUCAUACAGAGGUAUAUUGUAUGCAUUCACCAUCAUAUCCAACUUCUACCAGUUAUCUACAAGAUAGAACAAACUUAGCUUUCCAACUUAUC